AUGAGAGUCCUUGCGUAUGGACAAGCAGCAGAUGCAGUUGAUGAUGUACUCAUGAUGGGGGAAAGCACGGUACUUAAAUGUGUGAAGGUAUUUGUGAAAACGGUGAUCUCUGUGUAUCAGGAAGAGUACUUACGACCACCAAGACAACAUGAAAUUGAAGAGAUGAUGACAUCAAAUGCAGCGCGAGGGUUCCCUGGCAUGAUUGGAAGCAUCGACUGCAUGCAUUGGGAGUGGGCUAAUUGCCCAAGUGGUUGGCAUGGCGUCUACAAGGGACAUAAGGGCAAGCCUACAAUGAUUCUAGAGGCUGUUGCUUCAGAAGACUUGAGGAUAUGGCACGCCUUCUUUGGGCUCCCAGGGUCUCACAAUGAUAUAAAUGUCCUACAUCGAUCACCUGUAUUUGAUGAUCUUGCCAAUGCCAAUGCCCCUGAAGUUGAAUUCACAGUGAAUGGUAACAUCUAUUCGAUGGGCUACUACCUAGCAGAUGGGAUAUACCCUGACUGGGCUACAUUGGUCAAGAGUAUUAGUGCUCCUGUUAGUAAGAAGCACAGCGUUUAUGCAAGGAGACAAGAGUCUUGCAGGAAAGAUGUGGAGAGAACCUUUGGUGUGCUGCGGGCGAAAUGGAAGAUUUUACAUAGCCCAGCUCGAUUGUGGAAUCCGAGGGAUCUCAAUUCAAUAGUUCGGGCUUGUGUUAUACUCCACAACAUGAUCAUUGUAGAUGAGAGAGGGAAGGAUGUGGCACAACUUCAUAACUCCGAGUGGCCAGGAGCAGCCAACCCUCCAAUCAACCAAAACAGGAACGUCCCUGCUAUAGCCCAGCUAAUUGAUGCAUACAGUGUCAUCAAGAGCAAGGAAACAAGCACAAGUCUACGCAAUGAUCUUGUGGAGCACAUUUGGGAGUUGUAUGGUACUUCAAGUGGAUCCUUUGCAAGGAUGCACGGGCAUUGA